UAUGAGGAGGUUCAGUCCAGCUACCCAGCACAGUGCAGUUAUGCAGGUGCAGGAAGAUGAUGACAACCUCAUUCCCUUUGCAAAGUGUUCCAAGGUGGUCAGCAGAUCUCCACCCCUCAACUUGCCUCCCCAGAGCCUCAGACUGACUCCCCAGUGUUAUGGAGACUUCUUCUGGGAGAAACUCAGUCAAAGGCCCAGCCCCACUUGGAUGGAGGAACAGUGCAUCUCACCCCUGUUGAGAGCCACUGGUUACUCCCAGUCUGGACAGUACUACCCAGAGGGGCUUCCGCCCCCUGAGAUGGUUUGCAGAAGAAAGAGAAGGAGGACACAUUUGCAACAGGGACCAGAGGGGGUCCCAGCCCAGGUGAGGGCUGUCACUUGUCAUCUAGAGGACCUAAGGAGACGACAGAGAAUCAUCAAUGAACUGAAGAAGGCCCACUGGAGCAACUCUGGGCCUGCCUCUGAGCUUCUGGUACUUGAUGAAGAUGGCUAUGGGGUCCCCCCAAUCACCCAAUGCUCUGACCUGGAAGAGAAGAGGGGAACCUAUACAGGGGAAGAGGACGACCAUUUUCUCACUCUUGGCAGGGCCCAGCUGCUUUGGUCUCCCUGGAGUCCCCUGGGCCAGGAGGGGUCUUGUUUCUCCAGGCAACUGAGCUCCCUGGCUCCCUACAGCACUGCCACAGCCAGUAGGAGCACCCUUCACAAUCCCUGGGGCAUGGUGCUGCAGCCCGAGGAGUAAGGAGAAGCCAAGAGUCCAGCACUGCUCAGGGACCCAAGUCUAGUUCUCAUCACUAGCAUCACCCCAUUUCUGGCAUCAAGGCAUUUUCCUUUUCAAAGCCUCUCCUACUUCCUCUCCCCUUCUCUGAAUUAGGCAUUAAAAGUCCCUUCAACCCACCCCUCUCACAGGAACUCCCCAAGUCCUCUUGUUCCUUAGGUCUCACUGCCUGGCACUGCGUUCUUUGUUCUGUUAUUAAAA